AUGUGCACCCCGUACCCUCAUUGUCCCAGCGACAUCGAAUAUACUGAAGAGGUAUCACCAUGGAAGUUUGAAGGUGACCCUGAUAUUGCUGGCAUCGGGGUGAUUACUUCAUUCUUCGUAUAUGCAAUUUUGACGAACCUCCUGGCUUUUUAUGCCUACUUCCUUACCGAAGGGAUCGUUCCAGACGACUUUUACAACCACCUCGACUCACUCCUGCGCACAAAAACCCAAUUUCUUGUCAAACUCACUGCAGACCGGUGCAUUAGUCCUCUGUUUGGUAAAUUAUCGAGUCAUGUCCCCUUAUCAUUCUGCCUUCUAUGCCGUGGCGUUUGGCAGGACCGAGUCUUGAGUAUCCGAACAGAGCGUAUCCACGCCAUAUGCCUCCAACUUGCCGACGUGCAACUUAUCACAGGAGCGUCCAUUCUCAUAAUCCUAUACUCAACCCAUUGCACCAUCACACAAUAUCACUUCCAUAUUGGGUCGCAACUGGCUUAUUUAUCUUUCGCGACUUUUCAAGCAACGUUCAUGACAAUUAGGGACCAUUUACAAGGAAGCCUCUACAAACGACUCUGGCGCUACCUCUGGAUCGUGGUAAUGUUCGGCGCUAUAUUCCCUACUAGAAUUCUGAACUGGAAUGCCUAUUUCCUCGUCGGGGAUCUAUACGGAGCAUCAGUGCAAUGUGCCCUAGACAAGAUGACUGAAGGAUGGAAUAGUGUAAGUGUACUCUUGGUGGUAGUGGAGUGUGUGAUGUUGUUUUGGUCUUUCUACACCAUCACAAUAUCCUUAUUUCCGCGCAUACCAGAUUGUCCCCCUUUUGCUCAAAUCGAUCGUUUCACGUACUGGGCAUUCUCAUGGCCGUCUCGCCAUUUGCUUCGAGCACAGAGUCCCAAUACCCCCGCCCGGAAAAAGGAAUUCUGGACCUGGAUGUUCUUUAUGAUUAUUCCAUGUCGGGAGUUUGUGUUCUCGGGGGCCUUUGAUAUGCUCAGGUUAUACGCGACAUUGAUGUAUGCUGGACACAGUGUGAUCCGUGAACGAACAGAGGCUGCCCACCAGGGGCGGCAGGGCGACGAGAGUGAAUGGGGAUUCGGUCAGGUCAUGCCUGUCCUUUUGCUGGCGAUCCCAUUUUUCCAAUUUGUGGAAGAACUUUGCAAACCUGAAAAUUCUCCUAAAAGAGGCAAUCUUGGGGCUGAACAGAGACCUUCGUCUAGCCAUACCAUUUCAGGUCGCAAUCGACAGCACUAUGAGCUUGCUGUCGCCCUAGAUCGAAGUGGGCUUGCAAGAGCAUGGACAACGCCCUCGCCAACAUCAUACCCCGUAAGUCUGACUCACCCUUGA